AUGGCGUCGACGCGCCUCGCCCUCGCCCCCACCGCGCCCGCUCGAUCGAUCGCUCCGCACCCUCGCGCGCGCGUCGUCCGAUCGGCGUCGGCCUCGACCGAACACGUCCUACCGGACGGCGUCGUCCUCGAGCGCGUCAUCGGGACCCCCGCGAGUUCGACGACGACGACCGGCGCACCGCUCGUCUUCGUCCACGGCUCGUAUCACGCCGCGUGGUGCUACGAGGAAUAUUUCGCGAGAUAUUUCAACGCUCGCGGGCGAGCCACGGUGUCGGUGUCGCUGCGAGCGCACGGCGCGUCGGGGACGACGCCCGGGCGCGCGGCGGCCGGGACGCUCGCGGAGCACGCGCGGGACGUCGGAGACGUCAUCGAGCGCGGAAUGGGCGAAGCGGGAACGAGCGGACGGGCGCCAGUGUUAGUUGGACACUCGUUCGGGGGAUUGGUGGCGCAGCGCGUGGCGGCGGACGACGUGCGAUUGGGCGGUUUGGCGCUCCUCGCGAGCGUCCCGCCGAGCGGAAACGGAGCGAUGGUGAAGCGAUUCUUAAAGCGCGAUCUGUGGGCGAGCCUGAAGAUUACGUACGCGUUCAUCACGAAAGCGUUCGGGAAGAACGCAUCGCUGUGUCGGGAGUGUUUCUUUUCUCCAGAUUUGCCCGAGCGCGACGUCGAGCGCUUCAUGAAGAAGAUUGAUUCCAGCGGCGCCCUGCGCAUGUUCGAUUUGAAGACGCUCGACGCCGAGCUCCCGGUGCCCAGACCGAGCGGGACGAACAAUCGCGACAUUCCAAUCUUAGUCCUCGGCGGCGAUCGCGAUUUCGUCGUCGACCGCGAGGGUUUAGAGGAGACGGCGAGAUGGUACGGCGCCGCCGCCGCGCUCGACGUGCUCGGUGGCGUCGCCCACGACGUCAUGCUCGACCGCGAUUGGGAGCGCGCCGCGCGCGCGCUCGAAAAGUGGCUGAUAGAAAACGAUUUGUGA